GACGCACCACAUCGAUCCAUCGUUGAAACUCGCCAAUUCGAUAAAUCAAUUAACCACCUGCCUACAUUUCCCAAGCAACGCUCACGUCAGGUCGGUCAUCGUUAGAACAGAGCAGCCCUGCAAACUGGAGCAAACAUGGCCUCGAAACCCAACGUCGUAACGCGGCACGGUACCAAGAAGGGCCCAAACGUGCAGACCCGCCAGGCCGCUGCCAAGAAGGAGGACCAGCCAAGAAGGGGCCAACUCGGACAGUCCAAUAGUGUACUAACUAUAGCGGAAGCAAAAAAGAAGGGUAAAUUGAAGAUGUCACAACACGGUGGUACUAUCGUCGAUGCGAUUGGCGAUGCACAGCUGCUAGAUACCUACCACAAUGCAAAGAGUGUGAGUGAUACGAAGCGAGGCCAUACGGGGCUCGUUUACGAUGACCGUUUUGCGCUUCAUCGUUGCCUUUGGGACCCCAACUACCCGGAAUGUCCAGAGCGUUAUUUGGAGGUUACAAAGCGUGUAACACUAGAGAAAUUGAUUGAACGCUGCAUCAUCGUUAAAUCGCGAAAGGCUACAGAAGCUGAACUUGCCCUUAAGCACACAACAGAGCACGUCGAAAUGCUUAAAGCUACGAGUGGCUGCCAGGACGAAGAGAAGCUAGAAAAGCUUAGUUCGCGGUUCGAUGCAAUUUUCAUCCACCCGACGACCUAUGAAACCAGCCUUCUGUCGGUCGGUAGUACCAUCGCACUCGUCGAGAGCAUCUGUAAAGGGACGAUUCAAAACGGUAUGGCCAUUGUACGACCACCUGGACACCAUGCCAUGGCGGGAGAAUUCAAUGGCUAUUGCUUCUUCAAUAACGUCGCCAUCGCCGCUCAGCAUGCCCUGAACAAUCUCGGUAUUCGCAAGAUCCUUAUCGUCGACUGGGACGUUCAUCACGGACAGGGCACACAACGCAUGUUCUACUCUGAUCCCAGGGUGUUAUACUUUUCCAUACAUCGCUACGAGCAUGGUAGCUUUUGGCCCAACUUAAGAGAAUCGGACUUUGACUACGUUGGGUUUGGAAAGGCUACUGGCUACAAUUUCAACGUGCCUUUAAACGAAAUUGGCAAGACGAACGCAGAUUAUUUAGCUAUCUGGCACCAGCUGUUGCUUCCGGUAGCUUCAGAGUUUCACCCAGAGCUGAUAAUCGUUUCUGCGGGCUACGAUGCCGCUGUGGGCUGUCCUGAGGGUUUGAUGGAGCUAACGCCAGCCAUGUACUCACAUCUCCUCAGUCCUUUGAUGGCAUUGGCUCGUGGUCGAGUGGCAGUGGUGCUAGAGGGUGGGUACUGUCUCGAAUCACUAGCCGAAGGCUGCACCCUUACGCUCAAGACGUUGCUUGGUGACCCAUGCCCGAAGUUGGUGGAACCUCUCCAAACCCCCUCGGUAGGCGUUCAGCAGUCAAUAUUGAACUGCAUCUACAGCCACCGCAGCUAUUGGAAGUGUUUGCAACAGAAUGAGGUGUACGACCUUGAGGAAUACAACAACGUCAAUCCACAAGUCAACUUUCACAAGGUACUACAGUACUACAAUGGACCGUCAAUGGAAUGCAAGCCAACUGAUGGUGGUCAAGAACCGAAAUAUGAAACGCGCAACUGCUAUCCUGUGCUUCCUGCUGAUAAGCAAAAAAGCAUCCACGAUCGAUUGCAAAAGUUGCGUAUACUGACCGAACUCAGCUUUGCGCCCGAGCGUCUCUGCUACGUGUACGACGAGACGAUGCUCGCGCACCGUAACUAUCACGAUCCUAGCCACCCAGAACGCCCGGAACGGCUCAUCAAAAUUCACAAUCGUCUGUCGAAGGAGUAUCGACUAACAGAGCGGAUGAAACGUAUAGCAGGUCGCGCUGCCACAAAAGAGGAACUGUACCUGGUCCAUGACAAGCAGCACGUCGAGUUUAUAGAAAGUCUCGUGCAACAACAAGCUACGUUAGAGAAGAUAGCUCAGCGCUUCAAUUCGAUUUACUUCCAUCAGGAGACAUAUAACAGCGCCACUUUUGCAGCCGGUUCGGUGUUGCAAGUUGUCGACGAAGUGCUCAGUGGUCGUGCCCGCUCUGGGUUAGGCAUCGUUCGACCGCCGGGCCACCAUGCAGAACCUGACGAACCGCACGGCUUUUGUGUGUUCAACAACGUGGCCAUUGCUACCAGGUUUGCUAUCGAACGGUACUGCCUCAAACGGGUACUAAUCGUCGAUUGGGACGUCCAUCAUGGCAAUGGCAUCCAGCAUAUAUUCGAGAAGGAUCCGCGCGUACUCUACAUCUCAGUGCAUCGCUACGACCACGGUUCGUUUUUCCCGAAGAGCACCGAUGGAAACUUUGAUGUCGUCGGAUCUGGAGAGGGCGAAGGAUUUACCGUGAAUAUUCCGUGGAACCGCAAAUUCAUGGCGGAUCCUGAGUACGUAGCUGCCUUUACCACUGUCAUUUUGCCAAUUGCCUACGAGUUCCAACCGGAUCUGGUGCUGGUGUCGGCCGGCUUCGACGCGGCCAUCGGAGACCCGCUCGGUGGAUGCCGUGUUACACCGGAAGCGUACGGCUACUUCACGCAUUGGCUGUCAGCACUGGCCGGUGGUCGAAUAGUCCUUUGCCUUGAGGGAGGAUACAAUACCAACACUAUUGCGCAUGCAAUGGCGAUGUGUGCAAAGGCACUCCUCGGUGAUCCGCUACCAAUACUCCAAACUUCUGGAGCACGCAGCUCUAACGCGAGUACGGACUGUUUUGAAACAUUGCGCAACGUAGUGCGAACACAAGCCAAAUAUUGGCGCUCGGUAUGCUUCGGAAAAAAGCUUCCAAGCUUCCUAAAAGCUACAAGCAUGGCUGAUGGGGCCUCAUCUGGCGCCACGAAAAAGACGGAGAGUACGGCUGGUGGUUCUUCGUCCAAAGAGAGAGUCGAAAAGCCAUCGCAGACGCUAAGUGAAUUUUUGGAAGCGAACCUUGAGGCACUACAAAAUGAGGAAAUGUUUGCUAUCGUUCCAAGCCGUAAUUGUCCUCAUCUAAAACUGCUGAAACCUAAAACAACUCCGUCCGCCGUCGACCCCGGUAGCCCGUGCGUCGACUGCGGUACCGAUAAGGAGAAUUGGAUUUGUUUGAUAUGCUUCGGCGUGUACUGUGGACGGUACAUGGGUCAACAUAUGCUUCGUCAUGGCACGCAAACAACAGACCAUCCGUUGGCACUCAGCUUUACCGAUCUUUCCGUCUGGUGCUACAGUUGCGAUAUGUACAUAGAUCAUCCAGCACUGCACCACUACAAGUCACUUGUACACGAGGCAAAGUUUAACGAACCACUUGUCUGGACGUACGGCAGCGAUUUACUACUGGAAGUAGUUGAUGCGGGUGCUGCUGGUCGUAGCGAUAAUUCCAAGGCAGUCGACAAGAAAAAUCCGUCGACUGAUUGAUAUUGGAACCUCUCCAAAAUACUGUUCCGGGUGUUAGUGAUGUUGUUGAUGAAGCAUCUACUGUCUGCAUACUUUAAGUAGUCCAGCAGAUAGGAACUGCAUUUUGAAACCAGUUAAAUUAAUUAUUUUCCUUCUUAAUUUAUUAAUCAAACUUAGUUGAAAUGCAGGAACGGAGACAGACAGAGAAAUCAAAAUAGAGAGCACGAAAGAGAGAGAAAAUAUAUUAGAGUAGAUAACUAAACGACAGGAAGGUAGAGAAUGGAUAGUUAUUUAGCGUGUUUUGCAAGGCUCUCGCAACUAACUACGUAAAAGCGAUUUCGCACCCUGAUCAGUAAAUUGUAUAAACUCAAAUGUAGUAGUGCAAUUAGUAUCACAAUAUCUACAGAUAUCCUGGUGCAACAUCGCCUACCGGAUUAUUUAAAAAUAAUCUAUUCACCAAUAAUAUGCUAGUGCGUUGUUGUUUAUAAUCACUAAUAAAUGCUUCUGCCCAUACGCAGAUGGCAUAAUCGCUGCGGUAACCUAACCAAAGAAAAAUAUGUUACGUGUUGCAUGGCAUAGCCGGAGUGUGCAUUCUAAUUCUCAACAGCUGUAAGUAAAAGAUGGUCUAAUAUUGACCUGAUUCAUGAAACCUUUUAAAAUAUUCUGUUACUUCGACGGCUCUAACUGCUGUGUCAAGUCCGGUAUGCUAUCACAUUUAUUGAACAUUCUAUUCACAAUGCAAAGCUUUACACCAGAUAAUAUUCCCAUCGCUACGUUACAAAAAAUAAUAAGUAUUAGUAACUGAUUCUAGUGUCUAGUUCCACACGUACAUUGCAUUACCUAGUGGAGACGACUAAACUUAGUUGUUAAGAAUUUUGCACUAUUGGUUGCCGUUCAGUUCAGCAAAGCAUGACCGCACGUUCGAUGAUUUAAAACAGUAAUCCAAUAAAAAUGCAAAACCAAACCACAUACCAUGGUUAUCGAAAAUAACCGUUUUUUCGGAAUACAAUGCGAUACACAGGAGAGCAUGAUGCCCAGAAAAACCUUCAUUCCAUUUGUUUGUUACUUUCUUUUCUAUUGUGUGAAAGGAAGAAUAAGCAACACGUGGUGGUGAUGUUCACCAAUUCAUGCAAUUUGUUAGUGUUAUAUUUCCACCACCAAGUUAUGCUGUGAUAACAGAUUUAAUAUUACUAUAAUAAUCAUACAGAUGAGAUAUACAUGAAUUUAACAGCUAGAAAAAUGGAAGCUACAAAUUUAUUUUAAUUCAGAAAAAUUCCUCAGAUUUCGAAUAACAAAAUGAGUAAUAAUACUAAGAAUGCUCGCGAUGCUUUUUUGUUGCUUUAACCAAUCUUGGCAUCUGAUAUCAUGAUCAAACCAUGUGGUAACAUCCAUUCACAAGAUGUAACAACCGUGAUGGACACUGUAAAGUUCAACUACUUU